UUCACAGAAUUCAGCGAGGUUCGUAAUGCAGGUGGGCGUGCCAGCGAAGCUCUUCGCUCAAUCAUUUGCGUCGACCAGAUGCUUGGCGUCGGAGCAGUCAUUGUCAUCCACCACACCGACUGCGGACUAACUCACCUCCGAAACGACUAUCUGCAUAAGUCUCUAACUGAAAAGGCACCUAAAAAUGCAGAAGAAAUUGCUGAAAUGGAAUUUGGCGAGAUUUUCGAAGCUGAGAAUGCCGUGUGUUAUAGUUUGAAGGCUAGUGUUGUUGAAGAUAUGAAGAUUCUCAAGGAUAGCCCGUACUUGAGAAAGAACUUGAAAGUCUAUGGAUAUGUGUAUGAUAUCAAGACUGGCAAACUGCAGGAAGUCAAGGAGUAG